CCAUAAUUUGUCAAUUCCGCGAGUUGGCCCGGGGCCAGAAAGACAGCAUGGGCUCCGACUGACAAACGAGCGGGCGAAUGAGAAGCUUUGCCAAGAUGUAGCCUCGUAUGAAGAUCUGCAAGGCUCAGCAUAGGAGGAUGUUCAAAAAUAUCUUCUGUCAAUCUGGUGUCGAGUUAUAAAGAGGACAAGAUGGCGUUCUCCAGCAAGCAUCAAGCACAGACUCUUUUUUUUGACUACUUUCUCUCUUCGUUCAAAAUGUUGUUUUCGUCAUUAGUUUCAAAUUCUCUUUUCGCAUUGACGGCAUGCUCGACGGCCACAGCAAGUCGGAUACCAUUGUCGAAAAGAAAUCUUCACCGCCGAGAUGCUUCUGCAGUAGGAGCAAUUUCAAGCUCCGGGGGUUUCUGGUUUGGUGAUUUUGCUGUGGGAGGUUCUUCGUCGUUGAACAUGUUGAUCGAUACUGGUUCUGGAGACGUCAUUGUAAAUGCAGGCCUCUACAAACCAUCAAGCACUUCGAAAAGCAUUAACGCAACCUUCGACAACACAUACGCAACGACGUCGAGUGAUGGGACAGGAACUGGAGAUGUCGUGGGAAUCCUUUACAUGGACCGAGUGAGCUUCGGUACCUUGAGUGCCACUCAAAUGGUUGGAGAAGCAACAGGCGCUGCCAUGAUCCCGAGCGAUGGCAUCGUUGGUUUCGCAGGCAAAAUGUUCUGGCAGUUUCCGGACAACUCGACCUCGUUUAUGCAAACACUCUGCACUCAGGGAAAGGUCUCCGAAUGCCGCUUCGGUCUUGCUCUCGCGAAUGAGAACAAUGGGUCUCUUAUUAUGGGCCAGCUGGACACAGAUAUGUAUACUGGAGACCUGGCUGUGGGGCCCAUUUAUCAAACAGGAUGGGCUACUAAGAUGGAUCUGGCAGUCAACGGUACAAUUGUGACUCGAGAUAUCAGCGUCGAGUUAGAUAGUGGUACUGCAACUAUCCUAGGGCCAAUAGAAGAUGUGAGCAGCAUUUUCGAGGCCAAUGGGAUUAAAGGCGUGCUGUCCAAUAGCUCUUCUGGUCUGCAACUGACUGGGUACUUUCCAUGUGAUAGUCCUCCAAAUAUUGGCUUCUCCUUCCCAUCUCAAACGAACGCAUCGACAGCCGUCGGCACAAUCAGCAAGAACAGCACAAUCUUCGAUAUUCCUGCGAAUACAUGGGCUGCGGUUGACAAUGGGAACAAUAACUGUACAGCAAUCUUGGGCGGCCAGGACGUUGCUGCCUUCCCUGGACUAUGGGUCGUAGGCCAACCUUUCUUUCAAGGCCGCUAUCUCGACCAUAAUCUAGCCGAAAGUACGAUUGGAAUUGCAACUCUGAAGACGUCCAGCAACGCGACGACGACCGUGAGCCCGACUUCGAGCCCCACCCCCGAAGCGACGACGACAACUAGCGGAGCGACUCCAAGAGGUGGAAUCCAGCGAGGGGCAUUGUUUGGCCUGCCACUUAUGGUUGCUUUCUGCAUGUUGUAGCUUGAAGGCUUGAUAAGCAGAAUGUAGGAAUAUUUGAAAAUAGACUGUACAAUAGACAGGAUUGACUACUAAAAAGCGACGGCGAUGCAAGACUGUUUUCGGCAGGAGAAAGUAAUGCAACAAAUAUCUCUUCGAAACAUGAUGCAACGUGUUGAACCCGAGCGAGACUGGAUCCAUUGUUCGGAUAAUGGGCAUUUCCACGAGAUGGCGAACGAGGAUGGC